AUGAGAUGUGCCGGAACCAAAGUCUCGACCUCCGUUUCCCUAUGUCAGUCGAGCGCUAACCCGAGCGCCGGCGCGAGUGCGCCUAAGAAGCCGGUAAUUGACCAACCCGUAGGCCCGUCGCCGAAACCCCCUCCGUCUCCGUCCCCGGCCUCUAGCCCGCCCGCUCCCUCAAGCCCUCUGCAGCCCAUUUUGAAAGACCAAGAUGAUUCCGGUCCGCUUCCGCGACCUCUCUUGGCUGAUGUAUCAUUAUAUACCAACCCUUACUUGAAUAUCGAAGCCGAAGGUACCACCCUCGAAGAGCUUGCCCAUCUGGUUAGGCUGUCCAAAUACCAGGAGCGCAAGUGCGCCAAUACUCGGAUCCGUCUUCAGAGAAGUCUGAUCUCGACCGCUCUCUCGGCGCGACUAACACGUUGCGGAGAGACCUCGCUGCGCAACCUGGCGGACAGCUUCCGAAAUGAUGACAAGAGGGCGUUCGCUAACCUGUUCGGUGCCAUCCACGAUGUUCGGAAUAGCUGCGACGCCACCCGUCGCUAUGCUCUCUUGGAGCCCGAGAUGGAGUCUUUGCAAUCGUCGGGGGUAGCGUCUGUCGAGACCUUGGUGCCUCCGCCCAGCGCGACCGGGACUGUCGGUCCUGGUACUUCCGUCGUCCCCUUCCUUAAUGACAUUUCUGCUUCUGCCAGGGAAACUUUUCUAGGUUUUCUUACCCAGAUCCGGACAAAUCCGGACUACCUUGCCACGCGGCUAUGUGCCUUGAACGCUUCGGAUCUCCAGGCUCUUACUACUUUUCAUCAGGGUUUGGAGCCUAUAGAAUCUGUUUUGCCGUACCACGGCCGCGCCGGCGGGCGUGGGCACUCCAGCGGCCCUAGUAGACAGUCGGGGCAGACCCCCAAUGCCGUCGAGCGGCUGCUUUCUUUCCAGCGUCACGAUCCCCUCUCCGCUCUCAUAUACACCUGCUUUGCUAACUCCGCCGGCCCGGACAGCGCCGAAGACAAGCGGCGAACCGGGAUAUGGGCCACCGCCUUCGCUCGCUUGAUCUCCACCAAGUCUACCAGCGAGCCAGUCCUGAUCUCGAUCCUCAAUGCUUGGUCGGCUAUGCGUGAUUGGUCUGGACGGGCUAACAUGGAAUGGUAUUUGAUGAAGAUACUCGAGGAUGGUGCGUUCCUGCUCGACCGAGCCGAGGAUCAGAACGGGACGAGAUUCAACAUUUCUGAUUGGUCUACCAAGGACAGCAUUGCCGCUGAGGAGUUCUAUGACCGUGCCGUGAAUGAUCUCUUUGCUAUCAUCGACGACGAGGACGCGACGGGCAUUCCCGAAGGCGUCAUCGAACUUGGAAAUGAAAUUCUUCGUCGUUUGGAGAUCAAGGAUAGCACCCGCAGCCUCGUCGAUACCACGCGAAGAUGGUUUGUAUACAAGUGGAUCUUUUCUAGUUGGUUGCUUGCUGUUGUCAUUCACCCGGAGAGUUAUGGCAUGAUGACCGAAUACCACAUUACUGAAUACGGCCGCCAGAAGAUCCUCAAGCAGGUUGCCACGCUCGCCCAGCAUUUCGUCGUGGAGAUGCUCUCGAGCGGAAACCCCCAGAAGCCUGUAUCAACCCCUCCCAAGAUCAAAGGCCACAUUGAAAAUAUCAUGGGCCGUUUCAAGCCGUCGGGAAGCCAGAGGAUUGGAAGGCUGCUUCCAGCCAGGUCCAUCACCUCCUUGAGAGAGACCGUCGAGGUUCAUCCUUAUCUGGUGAUCAGCCCGGCUGACAUUGCUACUCUUACCAACGCGCUCUACCCGGAGCGCAGGCCGCAAUCCGCUCAUUCGAGCUUCUCUGCCAUUUCGCAGCCGAUAUCUAUAGGCACGUCGAGGAGUAACUUUGACACCGCCUCUGUGCUUAGUAUGAGCGCUUCGUCUGUUUUCAGCGAGGGAACCACCUCGGGAGAGCCUCUGCUCGAAGAUCAAGCAGGCGGUACCCCCCAGAGACGUUCACCACCCCUACCCGAUGGGUCGAGGCCAAAGCAUACUAACAACAACUACGAAGACGACGGCUACCGUCUCCGGCUGGCGAUGCACGAGAUGGAGCAGACCCUAGGUUCGGAAGUCAUGACGGGCCAAUGCCACCCUUGCGCGGAACGCUGGGCUGUUGUAUUCAUUUCUGCUGAUGGGAAUAGCCUUUCUUUACAGAUGACUUAUGAUCCUGAUGAUGAAGCCGAGGAGGAGAAUUCCUCCACCACUAGUGAUACGGAGGAUGACGAGCCCGACGACAAACCUGAGCUUGACAAAGACUACCACCAAUUGCGAGACUCUGUCUUGAAGCUCGUCGAAGAUUUCGAAAUCCCGCUGGGUCUCGAAGACCACGGUGCCAAGACGACGUUUAGCAACAGGGCCUCUGGCCUGAAAAAAUAUCGAUCUAAAAAUAAAAUCAUAACAACUGGGAGAACUAUGGGUAGCAACAACCCUUUUCGUAAUAGGUGCGAAGAUCAAAAGUCGAAACGACCUGCAGACGGCGAAACUUCCCACAAUGAAGGUAAGGAGCCGGCAAGUGAGCACGAGUCUUCGGUACUAAUCAAGAUGCUCUCCGCCGCCUCUUCGCAAUCGCGCAUCCAGUCCGAUUUCGUAUCGGCGCACCUCUAUUGGAAGACUCUCCAGCAGCUGAACGCUCUGGCGUCUCCUUCUCUGCGUAAGAAUGGGUUUGCGAUGCUCCUGAACAUAUUCUCUCGAGGCCCUCGUGAUUCUAUCCGUCGUUCCGCCUCCGCCAUCGAGGAAUACGAUGCUUGGUUGGUAUGGUUAAAGCAGAGUCAAGAACGUCACGAAGGUCAUAUCGAGACCAUGAUGAAACGGCUGAAGGCGCUUAGGGACAAGAUGUGGUACGUGACGGACGUUCACAACUCGGCUCCUUACGAGCAGACUCGAAACAUUUGCAGCGCGCUCAAGAUUAUGGGCGUGCCGAGGAAGUGGGGCACAUUUCAACGCAACCGAGCCCAAUUGGCCAGAGGGCCGGCUGCUGCGUAUAUCUAUCGAAACGAAUCUCAGAUGUUGGAUCUGUUGGCUGCUACCGAAGACCAAGGAGGACCGAAUAAGCUCAGCGAUGCGCAGGCUGAGAUUACUGGUAAAUGGUUAGAACAGCUUGGGAACCCGAACAUGUGUCAAGGGGAGGAACGCAUCCAUCGUUUCUGCUGCGAAGUCGACAGUUGUGUGACCAAGCUUGUCGGCGAGAAUAUCGUGGAUGGUCCUGUGCUGUGGUCUAGCGAGCUGUACUCUCGAGACCGCAAAGUGUUCGAAGGCUCCCGAAGCGGUGGGCGAGAUAGGGAAAGCGUGUGGGGCGACGACGCUGCCAGCAUAAUAAGCAGCGAACAUGACAGGCGAUAUACUUCUCCCACGCGACGUCCGGGUUCGAUGGCUCGAGACCUAAGAAAUUUGAACGCAUUCAAUACUAGCCAGGCGUCUCUUGACUCGCGCCGGUUUAGUUUCUCACGAGCAAGUACUGCGUUGUCCGAUACCUUCGAUGCGCACGACUAUUUCGGAGCCUCGUCUCCAAUCCAUGCCAUCGAUUCGACAUCCACAUUCUGGUCUCCGUUCCAGUCAACGAUGUCAACUGUUAGCUCAGCAACUUCGCGUGCCCAAUCACCGACGACGAGCGUUACAAAUCUCUCGAGCACAUUCUCAUCGUCGCAUCCAAACCACCAACCCUUGCCAUCUCAUCAUUCCGCUUCCCGAUCUGGAGCAUCGGUAUCUUCGAAUGAAACUGUCCACCUGCGCCGUCUUUCCGAAGGAAAACAGCGCUUCCUCACCGAGCUUCGUCACACGCUGACUAGUCUAUUACUCUCGGAACUCGGUAGUCUUGUAUUUUCGUCUGGCUCUGAAACGGAUGGUUGGUUUGGCGGUCUCGGACAAGAAUGCAUUGAACGCCGAGACGCCGAGGAACGAAAGACACGACGACCUUCAGGAAAGAGGGAUCGUAUGAGUAAAAGUUCAAAGCAGAGAGUGAUCGAAAAGAGGAAGAGUUUCGGCAACCUUAGACAAGCGGGAGAGGCGAGUAGACCAGAUCUAGUCCCGGAGAGACCUGAUAGUGCUUGUGGACCAGGCAACGACAGCUCCGCUACCAGCGACACGAUGUCGGCUCGUGGAAAAUCUUCGAAGAAGAGGGAUACGCCCGAUUUCCCUUAUGCGAAGGCAUACCAGAGACUCCUGGGAAUGUUUGCCGUCCAUCCAAACCCAUAUACCAAACUCAAUGCCCUUCUCGAACUAGAGCAUCUUAUUGCCGCAUCUCUUUCCAACGGUGGGCGUCGCUCGCGUUGGGCCUCGAGACACUCUGUCGACGAGGAUGUUAGCACGCCUGACAGAGUCGAUCCGAAUGAAGCCGGCCCUGACAGUCCUAGAGAACGACGCGCCCAGCCGUUCCAGUCGUACCUAUUUUCUUUCCCUCGCCCGAACAAAAACUCUGAUGCGCGUUCUGUCAUUUCUAUCAAAGAAGCAGCUAAUACGGACGCGAUUGCGAAAGUGCUUAGAUCAUUAUUCAAAGACGCAGGCAUCCGACCGAAGACGCUAUUCCGUGAUCUUCAAUUCAUCAACUCUUUUGUUUCCCCUUCAACUUUAGACGGCGAUCGUAACAAGGCGUUUUGGGAUAUUGUAGUAGUAGCGCUUUCGCUCAAGCAAGAUGUCAUCACGACAAUGGUCGAGGUAGCGGAUGAGAUCUUGAAUUAUCAUACACCCUCGAGAAAACGUCCUGGCGGUGGAGACGAAACGCCGGAGAUGCUGCGUCCGACCCAACUUCAUUCGCUUCGAGACGUGGCGAAGAUGUGCACGAUAGCGGCGAAGGAGGGCAACGCAACAGCUCAGCGAGAGCUGGCGCUCUUCAACCUUAGCAACCCCGAGCUGGUGGAGAGGAGCACUCUUCCUCUGUCGAAGCCGCGGGACGUAUUUAAGCAGGCGGUGAUGGAGAAAUUCGGCCCAAGAUCCGGAAGUGGCAUACGCCACGCGCCCGACCGGAGCCGAAGCAGUCUAGGUGCGGCAGGACCGGCAUCCUCAGGCAUGCAAGAUGCGAGCAUGGAUGGCGACGUUCGGAGCGACCCUACUCUGAUGUGCGUCGCGAUCCACUGGAUGAAGGAGGCCGAACGUGGCGGAGACGAGUUGGCCAGGACGUUCCUUGGCCAGAACGAGAUGAUGGGACUAUGA